AUGGCCAGCCACAUGGAAGAGGACAUUCUUGAAAAGGAUUUCAAGAUGUUACUAUCUUUAGGUUCUGGUUCAUUUGGGGAGGUGAAGCUGGCCUGCCACCUUCCCACACAUACACGAGUGGCUGUCAAGGUCCUGGAGAAAAGCAUCAACAGUGUGGCUGACAUCAGCAGUGAAGUAAACAUCCUUCAGUCUGUAGAACACAGGAACAUCGUUCGAUUUUUUCACAUGAUCGACACACUGACGACCACUUACAUGAUCAUGGAAUAUGUGGCAGGCAUAGAUCUGGAGAGCUGCGUCAGGGCAGCGGGCUGUCUAGAGGAGGAGGAGGCUAGACCGCUUUUCCAGCAGGUCGUGUCAGCAGUGUACUUCCUCCACCAAAGACACAUCGUGCACCGUGAUAUAAAAUUAGAAAACAUCUUACUGGACGCAGCAGGAAACGCCAAGCUGUGUGACUUUGGUAUGGCAACUAAAGUCACCGAGGGGCAGAUGUUGGAGGAGAUCUGUGGUUCCUUGCUCUAUUGGGCCCCAGAGAUCUUGGCAAGGAAACCCUAUGAUGGAAUGGCAGGUGACAUGUGGAGCCUGGGUGUCGUUCUCUACGUCCUGGUAACAGGGCACUUCCCAUAUGUCGAAAUCACCCCUGAUGGUAUGCACCGGCUCAUCACCACCACAAUGUGUCCCAUUCCCCACCACCUAUCAAAAUCGUGCCACAUCAUCCUGGCACGUUUACUCAUGGUCCCCACCUGGUACAGAAUAACAAUACGUCAGCUUGUGGAACGACCAUGGCUGGGCCACAUUCCAGAACACGUACCACCCGACACUAAAGAAAUCCUUCCCAGGGUCGUGGAGACUAUGUGCAGCAUGGGCUAUACGUGUAAAGAGAUUGUAUCAUCCCUAAAGCACCGGCAAGCAAAUAAUGUAACAGCAACCAUAAAUAUCCUCAAAUUCAAACUGAGCUGUGGGCAUAGCCAUCUACAAGAUAAGUCCCGGAUAAACAUGGUCUCUUCAGGUCUUCUCAGCCUCCCUCGGCCCUUGAGGAGAGCUAGUGAACCAGCUCUUCCUGCUGUGGAGAAUCAUUUUCACCAAGCGCAUGUGGAAGGCACAGGCAAGGGAUGCAGAAGCUCCCCCAUGGUCAGGAGACACCCCUGCCUGGAGCUGAUGCCCUGUCCUGAUAUUAAAGUCCCAGAAAGAGAUAGUUCAAUGGCUGAUAUCACCAAUACUGCAACAAGGGACAUGGCAGUCAACAGGAACUCAGCUGACAUUCUUCCUGUCAGUGUCUCUUCUACUGAACCAUCCCUGGAUGAAACAGCCACUGGGUUUGAGAACAUGGGCUUCUCCAUAGAGGAGCCAUCCAUGGGGUCUGACAUUCAGAGUGACCAGUCCCAGGUGGCAAACCCAAGAUCUGGCACCAGGCCAUUCAGGGGCUGGAAACUGAUGAGGAAGCACAUUUCCAAUGCACUGAGGGUGCUGUGCUGCUGCUGCUGCUGCCUGCCCACCCCCAGCUUUUUCCUUUUAGGACCUACAGACGGCAUGGCAAAUGGCUGCUUCUACAUCCAGGAGUGCCUUCUGUACCAGUCUAGGCUGCUCAUCAUCAUUUUCACUUUAGCCAUUCCAACUUAUUCUGUGACUGUUUUGGAAAGUACAGCAAGAAAUGUGUGCCUGGCCACAUCCUGUAUGAUGGACACCAAAACUCCUGACCUGAGGAUGUGCACAGAGUUCAUUACUGACAUUGGAGGAGGAGUGCACUUGUCACCUCCCCUUCUUCUGGAAGACUAA